CGACCGUCGAUCAGCCUAUCGGUUCUAGUGGCUUACCGUUUUCAGAAUUUUCCACGAUGUCAACCUUCAAGGACAAGGUUAUUAUUGUCACCGGCGCCAGCUCUGGCAUUGGAGCAGGCGCUGCUGUCCACUUGGCCAGCCUCGGAGGACUCCUGGUCAUCGUGGGUCGCAACGUGGAGAAGCUAAAGGAGACGGCCGACAAUAUUGUGGCAGCCGGAGGAGCUCCUGCCCUGGAACUGCAGGCGGACAUGACCAAGGAGACGGAGGUGCAGCAGAUUGUGGAGGCCACAUUGGCCAAGUACGGACGCAUCGAUGUGCUGGUCAACAAUGCGGGCAUCCUGGAGACCGGAUCCAUCGAGAACACCAGUCUGGAGCAGUUCGAUCGCCUGAUGAACACCAAUGUGCGGUCUCUGUACCAACUCACCAUGCUGGCCACUCCGGAGCUGGUCAAGACCAAGGGCAACAUCGUGAACGUGUCCAGCGUCUGUGGGCUGCGUGCCUUCCCCGGUGUCCUGGCCUACAAUGUGUCCAAGGCGGCCGUGGAUCAGUUCACGGCCUGCGUGGCCUUGGAACUGGCCCCCAAAGGGGUCCGUGUUAAUGCCGUCAAUCCGGGCGUGAUUGUAACCGAUAUCCACAAGCGUGGCGGCAUGGACGAGGAGACGUACGCCAAGUUCCUGGAGCACUGCAAGGUCACCCACGCCCUUGGUCGUCCCGGUGAUGUCAAGGAGGUGGCCGCGGCCAUUGCCUUCCUGGCCAGCGAUGCUGCCAGCUUUAGCACUGGCAUCAGUCUGCCGGUGGACGGAGGUCGCCAUGCCAUGUGCCCGAGAUAAAUCCAGGAUGAUAAGGUGCUGAUGGAGAUCAAGAAAUUGCAGUUACCCGAUGGCAUUUAACAAUCUGAUUAAUUUAAAGCGUUUCAGUUAAAUAAAACUCAAUAUUUAAAAUA